AUGGCCAAGAUCCUUUCAUCAUGUCUCUUCUUCUUCUCUCUCCUCUCUUCCUUCCUUCCCAUUUCAACCUCUUCCACCAUCUUCAAUUUCACCUCAUUUACCCCAAAUACCCCUGACAUCAUCUUUUCCGGUGACGCCUUCCCCUCAGGCGAAAACGUCAUUCAGCUCACACGUAACCAGGCCGACACCGACCUACUACAAAGCUCGGGGCGGGCCAUCUAUGCCAGCCCAAUCCAAAUAUGGAACCCGGCCACCCGUAUGGCCGCUGACUUCAUAACCCACUUUCGGUUCAUCGUCAAAGGCCUCGAUGAGCUCCAUUUUGGAGACGGCCUGGCCUUCUUCAUGGCCCCUGUCAGCUCAAAGCUGCCCGAGAACUCAACUGGGAAAUGGCUCGGCCUGUUCAACUCCACCACAAACAAUGCCACAUCAACAAGGCUCGUUGCUGUGGAAUUCGACACGUUUGAGAAUGAGUGGGACCCGAGCGCGAACCACAUUGGUAUCGACGUAAACACCAUCGUCUCCGUCACUAACAUGACAUGGAACAGCAAUAUCAAAAGCGGUGAAAUUGGGUCCGCUUGGAUUGGCUACAACUCGACAGCGAAGAACUUCUACGUGUACCUAACAUAUGGUGGUGAUUCAUAUGAUGGCAUCCCAAGCUUAUCAUACAGCUUGGAUUUGAUGGAGGUGUUGCCAAAUGAGGUGGUGAUCGGAUUCUCCGCUGCGACCGGAUCAUCAACUGAACUCCACAAGAUCCUAUCAUGGGACCUUGUAUCUUCCAUCAGUUCUGGCAACAAAAACAACAAAGCAGGCCACAAGAAGAGACAUUGGGUGGCUGCCUUCGUUGUGAUGGUGUUGGUCUCGAUUGCAGGAUUGGGUUUUGGAGUGAUGUUUUGGAGAAGGAAGAAGAAAGGAGAUGGAGAUAUGAAGGACUUUGAUUCAUCCAUGGAAGAUAAGUUUGUGAAAGAAACUGGGCCGAGGAGGUUUACUUAUAAACAACUUGCUUCAGCUACCAAGAAUUUUAGUGAAGAUGGGAAGCUAGGUCAAGGGGGAUUUGGUGGGGUCUUCAAAGGCGUCUUAGAUGGUAAUGGGACAUAUGAGAUCGUAGCUGUAAAGAAGAUUUCAAAAGGGUCAAGCCAAGGCCGGAAAGAGUAUGUAUCGGAGGUCACCGUCAUAAGCCGAUUGCGACAUCGUAAUCUUGUAAGGUUAAUAGGCUGGUGCCAUGAGAACAGUGAAUUCCUUCUGGUUUAUGAGUAUAUGCCUAAUGGGAGCCUCGAUUCGCAUAUCUUUGGCAAGAAGACCUCUCUCAUGUGGACCAUUCGAUUCAAGAUAGCUCUUGGGCUGGCAUCAGCAUUGCUCUAUCUUCAUGAAGAGUGGGAGCAAUGUGUUGUGCAUAGAGAUAUCAAAUCUAGCAAUGUGAUGUUGGAUUCAAGCUUCAAUGCCAAGCUCGGUGAUUUCGGUCUCGCAAGGUUCGUUGAUCAUGGUCUGGGCUCACAAACAACAGUCCUUGCCGGAACAAUGGGCUAUCUUGCACCGGAGUGCAUUACCAGUGGCAAGGCUAGCAAAGAGUCCGACGUUUACAGCUUCGGAGUCGUUGCCUUGGAAAUUGCCUGCGGAAGAAAGGCUGUUGAGCCCAAGAUGGAGGAACCGAAGGUUAGGUUGGUGGAGUGGGUGUGGGACCUUUAUGGGUGUGGUAGGCUUCUUGAUGCAGCUGAUGAGAGGUUAAGUGCCCAUUUCGAUGAGAAACAGAUGGAGCGUUUGAUGAUCGUUGGGCUCUGGUGUGCCUACCCUGAUCAGAAAUUAAGGCCUUCUAUAAGGCAGGUGAUCCAGGUGCUGAGUUUUGAAGCUGCAUUGCCGAGUCUCCCAGCGAAAAUGCCUGUGCCAAUGUAUCUUGUACCUCCCAUGGACAUGUGCCAGUUCACAAACACUACCAACCUUGGGCAGCAAUGCAUGGACCAUAGCUGUUGCUCAUGCACUAGCUGCAACACAUCAAGGACGAUGAGAUCUUCUGGAGGUGCUUCUUCUAAAUUCCUGUUGAACACACAUAAGGAGGUGGACCAACCUCACAUUCUUCUCAGAACUGAAGUUUGA